CUGCGACGCGUUGUUGCGCUUCAUCAAAUUGAGUGAUUCUUGGUGAAUCCACUUGCUUUUCAUUCCUUGAAGAUGCUUCAGAUUUCUAAAUGAAGCCAGUUGUUUCUGAUGAUUUUCAAAACAAAAUUAUUGUCACUUCAAAUUGAUUUAGUUAUAGGCUCUGAAGCUACUUGUGUCUGGAAGCAUGCUGAGAUUUCUGAAGGACUCUAAGGCUGCUGUGAGCCGGCAGUUUGCCGGCGGCGGUCGCGUCCAUGCCGUGUUUGGUAACGAGUCCUGCGACCUGGACUCGGCGGCCGCGUCUCUCACCUACGCCUACCUGCUGAGCUCGAUGGACCGGGAGACACUGUUUGUGCCCGUCCUCAACAUACCGGAACAGGAGUACCCACUGAAGACGGAGGUGACCUUCUUCCUGCACAAGCUCGGCAUCGGCAAGGAGCACUUGGUGUUCAGGCCCGAGCUGGACCUGGCCGCGCUGCACCGGGCCGGCCGUCUGCUCAUCACACUGGUGGACCGGCACCGUCUGGACGGUCCGGACGCGCCGCUGCAGCCGUGUGUCGUGCACGUGCUGGACCACCGCCAGCCCGACCGGCCGCUCUCCGAUGACGUGGUGAUCGAACCGGUCGGCUCGUGCUGUACCCUGGUGGCCGAGCGACUGUUCCAGCUGAAUCGGAGUCUGAUCGACCGAACGGUGGCGGACCUGCUGCUCGGCACCAUAGUGUUGGACACGGUCAACAUGUCUGCGGCAGCGCAGCGCGGUACGCCCAAGGACCGACUGAUGAUCUCCUUUCUGGAACCGCUGUCCUCAGGCGACUCUCCCGACCAGCUGUUCGAGAUGCUGCAGCGCGCCAAGGGCGACGUCAGCCGGCUCAGCAGCUUCGAGCUGCUGCGCAAGGACCAGAAGGCGGCCGACGGCGCCGCGCUCUCGGCGGUCGUCUGCUCCGUGCCGAUGCUAGUCAAGGACUUUGUCCGCGCGCCGGACGCCGUCUCGGCGUGUAACCAGCUCUGCCAGUCGACCGGCCGUGACCUGGUGGUUCUGAUGGGCAGCCAGACGGGGACUGAGUUCAGCCGCGACCUGGCCGUCUUCUCGGCUAAGGAUGAGGCGCGGAACCAGGUGUGUGCCGCCCUGGAGGGUGCUGUGACGCCCUGUCUGGGCCUCAGUCGAGUCAGCUCUCCUCACCAGCGGCUCACCCUGUUCAGCCAAGCGAACGUGGCCGCCUCGCGGAAGGCGGUGUUGCCGCUACUGCAGGCGCACCUGGCGGCGCUACCGGCCCCGGCAGGCAGCGACUCGGGCGAGCUGUCUCCCGUGGGCCGUCCGACUCCGCGCAGAGCCUCGCCCCCGCCGCCUGCGCUGCCUCACCCCGUCCGACCAGAGGUGUCGGCUGACCUGAGGCCACCGAAUGGCAUUGACCUGGCCCUGAGCGCCCAGGUGGCUGCGCUGCUGGAACCGACCAGCACGGCGGGCAGCUCCCAGAGCUCAGCGCACAGCUCUGUCCCGUACACACCACAGAACAGCGUGGCCGACUCGGACGCCAUCGCCGACGUCACGCUGCCGUCGUUCAACUCGCGCGAGCUGCUGCAGCGCAUCGAGCUGCGGCGCGGACCGCUCGGCGGCUUCGAGGGCGCCGACGACAUCGGCGCCUACCCGUUCACACCCAAAAACAGCUUCGUCGAAGAAGGGAGCACCCUGGAGGCGACGUACCGACACAUGAACAUGGCCGAGCUCGAUUCGGACGCCAUUCUGCAGCGGGUGCACGAGAAGAAACGCAACAACGAGCUGUUUGACGACAUUGAGGAGGAGGAGACGGACGUGACGGGACCGGCGGCGGGCGCCACUGGCGGCGCGCUGGUCGACAGCCGGGCCCCUAACGGCGUCACCAGGGCGGGCCAGCAGCAGAGGGCCGGCGACCGGUCAGAGGCCGGCUCCCGUCACUCGGCCGACACGGGGAGGAUGCGGACGGAGCGCGGCACGGGCUCGGGUACCGCGACUCUGACCCAGACCGGCACCGCCGGCGACCCGACCGGUAGCCUGAACGGGGACAGGGCGGCCCCACAGUCGCCCGGGGCGGGGUACAGGGCCGCGGCGCUCAGUCCGGUCGAGGACGGCAGCCUGUACGACGACGACACAGCCACCUUCAAGUCGGCGCUCUCCUCCUCCGAAGCCAUCCGGCGACGGGACUCCCCCGCGGCGAUGUCGGCGGCGACUGGCGGGUCCGGCGCUCCUGUGCCGCCGGGAAGCACCAACGGCACUCCUCCGGCGGCCAGCAGCGACCCGGCCCGGCUGUGGCGCGCCGGCGACGGGCGCACUGUACGAGACCGUCUCGAGCACGGCCUCAGCGGCGGUGGCGACUCGUCCGGACCGCGCUCGGUCAGUUUCGGCGAGCUGCCGCCCGGACACCACGGCUCACCGGGCGGCGACGCCGGCGGCGGACCCGAGUCGCUCAGUCAGCUGAGUCUGACGCCGCUCGACGAUGACUACUACGAGGAUUUCACGCUGCCGGGCACCCACGAGGGAGUCAUGUCGCGACAGAAGAGUUUCCGGCGCCGUGUGCGCGAUACGCCAGUCUCUGAGCCGGACGCUGAUCGUAUCGAGCACCUGGUGCGGGCGGGCGAGCUGGAGCGGCACGGCAGCAUCAGGAGGAAACUGGUGGCGCCGGCGGCGUCUCUGGGGGACUCCGGCAGUCCGGGCCGGUUCGGCCACGACCUGAGGGAGAUCGAACAGUUGAUGGAAGAGGAGGGUGAACAGGUGGCCAUCGACGACCUGCCCAGCCUCGGGCCCGUGCUCGGCGCCUCCACACCCAAAACCCCCGGCGAGCCGACCGACCAGCCGGCCUCGCUGCCGCCGUUCAGCGACGAGCCGCUCAGCAUCGAGAUGAGCAGCACCAUCAUGAAAGUGCGCGAGUGUCUGGACCAGGAGAAGCUGAAGGACAUUUACACCAUCAGCGGUCGGCUGCAGGACAUUCUGACCCAGGAGGACAUUCAGGAGAUCCUGGACCACCCGGAGAUGUUUGCACAGCUGCUGGGUGAGGGUAUCCUGGCCGAGCUGCGCAGCUCUAUGAGCGAGUCGCAGCACGGCUCGCCGUCACGGCCGGCGCCGGCGGCGGUGACCGCGGACGGUCCGUCCUCUGGUUCGGCGAGUCCGGCCAGCGCGCGGCACACCAUCACCGUGCAGGCGGAGGUGAGCGCCGAGCAGGCCGAGGACUCUUCCUCGCCCUCCAUCUCACCCUCUCCGUCGUUCGCGGAGAACAGGUCCGCCAGUGUGGUGGAUGUGUCGGCUGCUGCGACUCAGUCCGCAGACGCCGUGUCACCCGCCCCCAGCGAGGCGACGGAGGUCGCCUCUCCGGCCCCCUCCCCGCGCAGCAGGAUCCUCCCGCCGGCUGAGCUGACCUCGGAUCACGAACUGGCCGCUCCGUCGGACCGCUGCGGACCCUCGUCCCUGCCGGCCGAGCCUCCGUCUCGCGCCGACGCGGCGUCCCCUCCGCCGGGCCCUCUGUGGAGGAGCGGCUCGCUGCGCCGACUGGGAGGUCACCGUCCGCUGGAGGCGCUCUUUGCCGAGAGUGACGCGCGCCCGGUGGCCGGACAGAGGCGGAUCGUGGCGCCCACCAUCAGUCUGGACGACUCUGAGACGCCCGAGCGGGGCGACACGUUUGAGGAGCCGGUCGGCAAACCCGCGGACGCCGACAGUGGUGUUAGCGAGACGGGCACCGCUGACUGGCUGGCCAGCCGGGAGAACCUCGAGGCCAGCCGGGAGAACCUCGAGGCCAGCCGGGAGAACCUCGAGGCCAGCCGGGAGAACCUGGAGGCGAGCAGGGAGAACCUGGAGGCGAGCAGGGAGAACCUCGAGGCGAGCCGGGAGAACCUCGAGGCGAGCAGGGAGAACCUGGAGGCGAGCAGGGAGAACCUCGAGACGAGCCGGGAGAAACUCGGUCCGGAGGAUGACGCCGAGACACCGUCAACACCGAAGCUUCAUAGUCGUCCCAAGGCGUCCCCAGACCGGCCGUCCACGCUGAGCGGGGCGCCGCGGCGGAAAAAGAUCAGCGUCUCGGCGGACGUGCUUGCUGACCAGGACACCAUGUCGGGCUCGAGUCAGCUAGAGAGCGAGGAUGACGGGGCGGCCACGCCGACCGAGGCGCUGGCCACCUCGGAGCUGCUGGAUACACUCACUCCGGACGAUAUCGAGACGCCCGACGAACUGGAGGCCAGCAUCUUGGAGCGUCUUCCGCCGGCGGAGCCAAUACCCGAGUACACGGCCCGGGAGGAGAUUAACGACGAGCGCUCGUGGCGCAGCUGUGUCGUGGCCGGCCUGGAGAGGCGGAUAGACAUGAAGGUCAUCGAGCCCUACAAAAAGGUGCUGUCACACGGCGGGUACCUGGGCCUGGAGGGUGACCAGGCCAUCAUUGUGUUCUCCGCCUGCUACCUGCCCGACCGCAGUCGGAGGGACUACUCGUACGUCAUGGACAACCUCUUCCUGUACGUUCUGACGACUCUGGACUCGCUGAUCGCCGAGGAUUACAUCCUGAUCUACCUGCACGGCGCCACCCAGCGCUCCUGUAUGCCGUCGUUCGGCUGGCUGAAGCGCUGCUACCAGAUGGUGGACCGGCGUCUGAGGAAGAACCUCAAGGGGCUCUACCUGGUGCACCCCACCUUCUGGGUGAAAACCAUCGUGGCCCUGACGAGACCCUUCAUCAGUUCAAAGUUCAGCCGCAAACUGCGGUUCGUCGCCAGUCUGAUGGAGCUCAGUCAGCUGCUGCCCAUGGAUCACGUGUGCAUCCCCGACCGCGUCAAACAGUUCCAGUCUCGAUUAGACACCUAACCCUUCUCUCUGCUUUCACGCUAAGAUACGAUGAGAUAAAAGCGAGUCUGCAGGUAAAGACACGCACCGACGGUAGAGGUAACUGGCGCUGUGGCAUGUCGGUCCGAGUCGCACGGGAACUGAGAGUGACCGAGUGACCCCCCCCCCCCGUCACCCCCUCCCCAGGGCGGCCGAGCCCGCCUCCACCCCGUUUGCAUGGCUGUUGGCAUGCGUCGGAGGCAGCUCGUGUUACCACUGCGUGGCCGGUAGGUGUCGCUCUCGCUCGCGAGCGCCGUGUGUUCUGGGACGCUCAGGGGCGGGUGGCGCCACCUGUUGACGGAGGCUGCAUGUCAAACUGCCGCGGACGGCCGCUGGGUGGCGCAGUGGUCGCGCAAGUCGACGGCGCGGAAGGAUGGGCUGCACGAAAUUGACGCUGUUUCAAGAGCGAGGAGAUCGCGUUGGUGUGCGGAGAGCUUCAUGAAUAUCGCGCCUGGCCUGUAAAGGAAAUGUUCAUUCGUCUUACAGUUUCGUCUGAUCGCUGAGGCCGACCUAAAACGUCGUAAUAAAGUAACGAAAUGACAGUCUGUGCCACAAAACAAAAAUACGUUGGGGUCCAAUUGUUUCGUUCCCUUUACAUAGUAUGAGCGAGCAGUAAUUAAUGUGUGUAACCCUUAUCUUUUGGGCAUCGAGUGGAGCAUGUGUGAAACGUAGCGCUUCCUGUCGUCUAAACUAAACCCUCGAGCCCGUCGAGCAACACAUCGAAUUAUUCGCGCCGCCAAUCGUUUGACAUGUCACUGUCACUAGGAUGCUGCUGCUAGGCUCUAUCGUAUUUGCGAAUGAACUGUGGCUUGGGUAGAUUCGAAUCACCUGUCAUCUUUGGAUGGCGUUACUCUUAAAAAUGCAAUUCGGUACCUUUCGGUACCACUUAUCGCUGCCGGCUGCGAUAAGUGAACUAGAAAAUGCUAGGACACUCAGGACAGAUACCGCCUGCCAGCUCGAUUCUAAGUCCUCCAAUCAUGUUUCACGUCACCCCAGCCCUCGGCCACUGCAGAUGUUGUUGUGUUUGUCCCCUUGGGACCUCCUUACGGAGGACCAUAGCCAAGGGGCUCCCUAUGGCGUAGGUAGCCGGCCUCCAAGGCAGCCACUAGGUCGGCGUCCCACAGGCCACUGCAGAUCCCAUGCUCCGGCGUUCCUCCCCUCACCGUGGCGCGGCGAGACAGCUGGCUUGCACGAGGAGCAUGGUUCCAACGACCUCCCGCUGUGGUUCCUGUGGUUACCGUGGUGGCCGCAGGAUGUGUGCCGAUUCGCCCAGUGGUUCAUGUGUAAAUGCUAUGCGCCACCAGCAUUCAGUUCAUAUGCAUGAUGCUUUUUAUGUUACGAUGUGUUUGGUGAGGCCGAUGUUACGACGUUCUUUGCAUUGUAUGCUGGAUUCUGAAGGUGUUUGUCGUUGCCGGUGUUUAUAUCGAUGUUAUAGCUGUUUAGGGUAAUGGGAAAUGUGCAGUCAUUUCAUGAAACAUUAAGUUAAUUUGAACGUUGCAACUUUAAAUGUUAAUCGACCAUCGCGUAGCGUUCUCUAUAAGUCGUCAUAUUUUUAACUUUUAAAGACAUAGAAGUUGUCGCUCUAUUUUGAUAUGAUUCGGCUUACCACAGUUGCACAAAAUUUAUGUUGAAUGUCCACACUGGCUUUGUUUCCUUAGCGGCUUUUUGUCACCCACUCCAGCACCAAGUCGCACCCCGCCAGCUUAGUGCGACAUCACCCACCUGUCUCGCAUCUUUCACCGAUAAUUCAACACAAGUCACAAGUGUGAGAUUAAUUUUAUUCAAUAUCCAUCGCGUGACAUGUGUGACGUUCUAUCUUAGCCGUAAUUGACACUGCCCAAUCAUUUUUCAGACUAGACUUCCAGCUGAUGAUCGCUGAACGAAAGAAACAACUCGGCAUACGCUAACCACUGGGCCGUCUUCAC